AUUCGAUCCCGGGUCUCCAGGAUAGUGCCCUGGGCCAAAGGCAGGCGCCAAACCGCUGUGCCACCCAGGGAUCCCAAAUCUUUUUUUUUUUUUUUAAUAUGUUAUUUAUUUACUGAUGAGAGACACAGAGAGCGAGGCACAGACACAGGCAGAGGGAGAACCAGGCUUCACGCAGGGAGCCCGACGUGGGACUCCAUCCCGGGUCUCCAGUAUGACGCCCUGGGCUGAAGGCGGCGCUAAGCUGCUGAGCCACCUGGGCUGCCCCUAAAAUGUCAUUUUAUUUGUUCUUCUGGCCCCCAGGCUCUGAGAACCCACUGAAUGUAUGACCCCGGGCAAAGGUUCUUCCUUCCUAGUUCAGUUUAUCCAGGGUACCAGAAACCUCCCUAACUGAAGUAGGACGUCCGUACGGGCGGGCCUCUGGUGGCAGAGGCCCAGGCCUGGGACAGGGAGCACAUGUCAUGCUGCUGCUUUAGUCAGGAACUGGGGCAGCUGGGCUGGGUCCUCCAGGUGGGGCCUAAGUGCUCCGGUCACAGGUACACCUGCGCAGGUCUGCUGCCCUGGGGCCAGUCCAGAUGAGGCCUUCGGUCUGCAGAGACAGAGGAGCAGAGGCCGAGGGGACCCGGCAGUGCAGCGCAAGGACCAGACGCCCCCGCGAUGACCAGUUCCCCUGUCUCCAGAGUCGUCUACAACGGCAAGAGGAACAGUAGCCCCCGGUCUCCCCCCAGCAGCACCGAGAUCUUCACCCCGGCCCAUGAGGAGAAUGUGCGCUUCAUUUACGAAGCCUGGCAGGGCGUGGAGCGAGAUCUGCGGAGCCAGAUGUCAGGCAGCGAGCGGGGCCUGGUGGAGGAGUACGUGGAGAAGGUCCCUAACCCCAGUCUGAAGACCUUCAAGCCCAUCGACCUGAGUGACCUGAAGCGCCGGAACACGCCGGACGCCAAGAAGUCCUGAAGGGCACUGGGGUCCCUCCCCUGGCCUCUGGGAGACCGGGUGCCGCCUCAUGGUGGUCUCCUGUGGGCCCAGCUCCCGGGAAGGGGGGGGGGUGUGCGCCCGCGGGGCUGUCAACCCCAGGACCAGGAGGGGCAUGGUCGGUGGCCAGGGCUUGCCCUUCCUCCCCAAGCCCCCUCCUUUCUUCUCAGGGGCCGUCAGGCUGCCCCUGUCCCUGCCAGCCCCGGCUCUCCCCUUGGUUGUGUCUAGAGCUACGUGCUCUGCCCCCACCCCAGGGCCUUGACCCUGACUCCCCUCUGCUUCCCAUCACCUUCCACCGCCCCUCCCCCACAGCUAUUCCAAGGUCAGGAGGGCAAUGAGGGCUCUCUGCUGUCCCCCAGGCUGGUGGGCCUAGGCUCGUCCGUAAGGUGGCCCUUCUCACACUCCCUGUGUCCCCCCCACCCUCUGCUGCUUUUCCAUCCCGGACACAUUGGGGAGCGUCUAAUUCUUCACCCUGCUGUCCAGCCUGGCCCGUUCUCCCCUGCAUCAGCUUCAGGAUGGCAGCAGCUCUCCGGGCCUGCGAUGCCACCGAGCACCCCCCUCCACGAGGGUCCUGGGUAGCCAGGCCUACCCCUGUGCUGUGUGCGGCCCCGUGGCCCUGGCAGUCUCUUUGGACAGGAGCAUGGGGCUGAUCCUGGCCCCGAACUACGUGCCAGGGUGGUCACCAGGGUCCCCUGUUGUUCUUGUGCCCUCCAAAAGCCAAGUGUCUGUGACUGGAGCCCAAGGGCCAGUGAAUAAAGGCGGGUGGCACUGGA